CACUCUCGUUCGCACGACACGACACGACACCCACCGGUGACUCGCCAUUCAUUCCUCGCCCUACAGUCAUCUCGUCGCAUCCUAGCGACAACGGUAUCAGCACUGUAUUCUAGCCAGGAUGACGCUGUUCAUCCUCACCGAGACGUCGGCGGGCUAUGCGCUGCUCAAGGCCAAGGACAAGAAGCUGCUCAAGCGUGAUGACAUUGCAAAAGAGGCCAGCACCGCCGAGGGUGUGUGCGGCAUGCUCAAGAUGAAGGAGUUUCACAAGUUUAACAGUGCUGCGAGUGCGCUGGAGGAGGCCGCUGCGUUGACAGAGGGCAAGGUCACGCCCACACUCGCUGGCAUGCUCGACAAGAUCAAGGACGAGAAGAAGGUCUCCCUCGCUGUUGCUGACCCGAAGCUCGCCAACGCCAUCGCCAAGCUGCCCGGCCUGCAAAUCACACCCGUGUCCGACUCCAGCACCGCCGACAUCUACCGUGCCAUUCGAGAGCACCUCCCCUCACUGAUUCCCGGCCUGAUGCCCGAGGACAUCAACACCAUGUCGCUCGGUCUGUCACACAGCUUGUCCCGACACAAGCUGAAGUUCUCGCCUGACAAGGUCGAUACCAUGAUCAUCCAGGCUAUUGCGCUGCUCGACGACCUGGACAAGGAGCUCAACACUUACGCCAUGCGAGUAAAAGAAUGGUACGGCUGGCACUUCCCUGAGAUGGCCCGCAUCAUCAACGACAACCUUGCUUACUCUCGCGUCAUCUUGUCAAUGGGCAUGCGAACGAGUGCUGCCACGACGGAUCUGUCAGAUGUGCUUCCAGAGGAGAUUGAGACUGCAGUCAAGGCUGCAGCUGAGGUGUCUAUGGGCACGGAAAUCACUGAUGACGAUCUGGACAACAUCAAAGCUCUCGCUGAGCAAGUCGUGGGCUUCACCGAAUACCGAGCACAGCUUUCCUCCUACCUCUCAGCACGCAUGCAAGCAAUUGCACCCAAUCUCACUACACUCGUUGGCGAGCUUGUUGGCGCCCGUCUCAUCGCCCAUGCCGGCUCCUUGAUGAACCUCGCCAAGUCACCUGCUUCCACCAUCCAGAUCCUUGGCGCGGAGAAGGCACUUUUCCGUGCGCUAAAGACCAAGCACGAUACACCCAAAUAUGGUCUUAUCUACCAUGCUUCGCUAAUCGGACAGGCGUCGGGAAAGAACAAGGGCAAAAUUGCGCGCAUGCUAGCAACAAAGUCGACUUUAGGUCUGCGUGUCGAUGCUCUGAGCGAUUGGGGCCAGGCGGGCAAGGGCGAAGAGGAGGAGCCAACGGAAGAGGAAAAGUGUGCGAUUGGGCUUUCAGGUCGCGCAGCAGUCGAGCGAAGACUACAAGCACUUGAGGGCAAGCCGCUCAAGGCCAACAACGUGGCUAUUGGACCAAACGGACAACGAACAGCAGCUCCAGCCAAGUGGGAAAUCAAAGAGGCCCGCAAGUAUAACGCAGAUGCAGAUGGACUCGCAGCCGACGCUCCGGCAGCUGUCGCGAAUGGGCAUGCCGAGCCUUCGUCGAGCAAAAAGCGAAAGCUGGUCGAGGAGGUUGAGACGAAUGGCGGUGCCGACGAGAGUGAGGAGGAGGAUGUCGACAACACUGUUGCCACAUUCCAAGGCGAGACAUCGAAGAGUGAAUCAGCAGAGGAGCGUGCCGCCAGGAAAGCUGAGAAGAAGGCGAAGAAAGCCGAGAAGCUCGCCAAGAAGGCGGAAAAAGAAGCAAAGAAGGUGGAGAAAGACUUGAGCAAGAAGCGAAAGGCCGGAGAUGACGAGGAACCUGCGAAGAAGAAGAAGAAGAAGAGCAAAGCAUAGGGGCUCUCGACUUCGGCAGUCGGUCUUCCAGCAUCAUGUUUUGGCGUUCUCACAUAUCUGGUGGGCGUUCUCCCUGGCGGGCAAGUGCUUUCAAGUGUGGAUGGAAAUGUUCGGCGCUCGAGGCGUUCAGUGACAGAGGACAAGUUGCAUCAGGUGCACAUUGGUCUAUCUGUACGGUGGUGAUGAUGAACUAUUGUACGUACCUAACUGUACAAAUUUUCUCACGAUUGAGCAAAAAAUAUAUUGGCAUCUCAGACCACAACCUCCCGGCCAUGGGCCGUAUUUCAAUCAUUCCUUCUUCUGCUCAGAUCAAGACUGGUUCCACCACAUGACAUGGUCCAAACGACUCACCCAAUCGA